CUGCGUCUACUCCUCUCUGAUGCAACAAUGGCGGCGCCCGGCAGUGUACAGAUCGAGCCGGGGAAGCUGGAAUUUGCUUUAGAUGUUCCUUUCCCUUCGUCCCGGGAAGCCUCCAUCGCUCUCCAGUCUCUGUCGCCCGACCGAGAGCCACGGAAAGGAGGCAUCAGCAAGAUACUUACGUUGUCCGGAAGCACUCUCUCUGUGAGGUGGACGGCAGACGAAGCCCGGAUUCUGCGUGUGUCUGUGGGGGCGUUCAUGGACAACCUGUCCCUGGUCCUGGAGACCAUGGAGAUGUUCGGACCCCCGCUGCCACAGUCAUGAUCUCACAGAGGUGAUGGCAUCACCGCUCAAUGGCAUCACAAGGGAGGCUGCCAACCAUGUCAUAACAAAGGGUUUUCCUACAAUGAUGUCAUCACAAAGGGUCCUCCCACAAUGUUGUCAUCAUCACGGAGACCCGGUUUGUGAUGUCGUCAUAAGUGAGGCUACGAACCACAUGUCAUCACAAAGGGUCCUCCCACAAUGAUUUCAUCAAGGGAACCUCCUUUAUGAUGUCAUCACAAGGGUCUUCCCACAAUGAUGUCAUCACCAAGGAGAUCCGGUUGAUGAUGUCAUCAUAAGGGAGGCUCUCGAUGUCACUAUAGGUCGUCUGAAUGAUGUCAUCAUAACAUAACCUCCCACAAUGAUGUCACAUAAUACUCAUUUUUUUUCGACGAUCAUUGGAUCAUCAAAUCUCCCCAUUCUUUUUUUUUAUUGAAAAUAUGUGCAUACAUUUAUCUCUCCUAAGGUGAAUAAAAGGGUUCUACAAGUAUUACUGAACUGAUUUACAGGGAAUACGUCGGGGUUGAGAUUCCAAUCAUAAAGUCUGUCUCUGUGUUACCAUUUCGGGAGAUUUGUAUUGUGACUUCUUAUCAUGAAAUAAAAGUUUAUUUUUGAAGAUAUAAUUUCUGGAUUCAACCGUGAUGUCUCUAUAUUAAAAAG